CGACUGAGUUGUUUGCCUAGACGUGAAUUCUAAAUCUAUAUCAAUCGCCGUCUCUCGUUGUUAUUUAAAUCUGAGCUCUUCAAAUAGAGAGUUGUGUUGUGCGUUAUCCAAACCGCCCGAACAUUGACGUCACCGACUCCAACUCAAGUUGCCUCGGCAUUGUAGUGGUUGAUAAUUAUAGGACAAUCAGAACUUCUCUUCCAUGGCUACUAGAGAAUUCGACCUGGUCUUGCUCGGACCAACGGGCUACACUGGCAAAUACACUGCUGAGUAUAUCUACAAGGCAUUUCCAACCACCCUCAAAUGGGCUCUUGCUGGCCGAUCAGCCUCGAAAAUUGAGGCAGUGGUACGGGAAGUCAAGAAUGUGAACGUCGAUCGACCUGACCCAGAAAUCAUACCUGUUCAAUUGAACAAAUCAGAGCUGGAUGCUCUAGCGAAAAGGACGCGGUUGAUAAUCAACUGCGUUGGUCCGUACCAUUUGUACUCAACGCCUGUUGUUGCUGCCUGUGCUGAGAACGGUACACAUUAUGUCGACGUGACUGGAGAAACACCAUGGCUCCGACGCGUGAUUCCGCAGUACCAUGAGACGGCCAAAGAGAAUGGGGCGAUUAUAGUCCCCUCCUGCGGUGUAGAAAGCGCACCACUAGAUAUCCUCACUUGGUACGCUGCCGACUUUACGCGAGCUAAGUUAUCGGCUGAUCCUACUGAGACCGUAGGCUGCAUUUAUGACAUCAAAUCGGCCGGUCCAAGUGGCGGCACUGCCUCCACAAUUCUCACUACGCUGGAGACCCUAAGCAUUCCUGAGUUACUCAAAUCUAGCGACAGCAAGUGUCUCAUUGCUUCUCCUCUUCCUCCAACCCGUAUCACACCUCGAAAGUCCCUCUUCGAACUCAUUUUUGGCGUUCGCGAAGUUUCCGAGCUCGGCGCCUUGACUACUUCACCCACUGGCAUGGCUGACGAAGCCAUUGUGAAUCGCAGCAGUACUUUAAUGCCAAAUCACUACGGCCCGCGUUUUUCCAUCCGCCAGUAUCUCCGUGUCCGCAACGUCUUUGUUGGAGUUUUGUUCCACUAUGCUUUCACUAUUGGAAUCAGUCUACUUGUCCUCGCACCCUUCCGCUGGGUAGCUCGUAAAUUAUGGCCUGCGCCAGGAUCUGGACCCACAAAGCAAGAAGUAGAGGAUGAUAUUACCGAGUAUCGCCUUGUUAUGUCUACCAAUCAGAAGGGUGCCAACGGCAAACCCAAGACAGUGUUAGGUAGCACCUCUUACCGAGGAGGUCAGUAUGAAUUGACCGCCGUGGCGGUUGGUUGUGCGGCUAGAGUGAUUUUGGAGAAUGAAAAGAAAAUCAAGAGUAUUUCAGCUGGCAUAGUCACGCCGGCGACCUUGGGACAGGAGUAUGUCGAGGAGUUGGAAAAGGGAGGAUUCAAAAUUGGGGCGAAGAUUCUGGAUGAGUAAGUGGGUUUAACCAGAAACCUAUUUCUGGAAUAUAUUAUUGGACCUACCUUUUUAUUUAUUUAUUUAUUUUUUUUUGAUUUAGUAAUAAUGGCAACGUUUGAAGAAUUUUGACGCAAAAGUUACAUGUUUCAAUCGAUAAC